AUGACACUCUCCUCCCACAUAAACUCCGACGAACUCGAAGGCAAGAUCCUGGAGACCAAGUCUCCAGCCAAUAAGCUUGUCAACAAGUAUAUCAGUGCCAAGAAGGAAUUCCACAAUGCUCGUGCCGAGGAAGAGCCUGCCAGCAAGAUCGUGUCCAAGUUCCGGGGUAUUUCGGAGAAGUACAGGAUCCAGGAGAACGGAAUGGAGCCAAGACAGGCGUACGAGAUUCUGCACGACGAAUUGACCCUGGAUGGCACCACGACGCUCAACCUGGCCUCGUUUGUCAACACCCACAUGGAAACCGAAGCCGAACAGCUGAUCAUUGAAAACCUCACCAAAAACCUUGCCGAUAACGACGAGUACCCAAUGCUGCUGGAGAUGCAGCAACGGUGCAUCUCAAUUCUGGCAAACAUGUGGAAUGCCCCUGUAGACCUAAAAAACGGGGCGCUCGGAACCGCCUGCACCGGCUCUUCCGAAGCCAUCAUGUUGGGAGGCCUAGCCAUGAAGAAAAAUUGGCAGGCCAAGCGCAAAGCAGCAGGGAAAGACUACCACCAUCCUAACAUUCUGAUGGCAUCCUGCUGCCAGGUGGCCCUUGAGAAAUUUGCCAGAUACUUUGACGUCGAAGCACGCAUAAUCCCGGUGUCCAACACCGACUUUUUGCUCGACUACGAGCUGGUCAGACGCAACCUGGACGAAAACACGAUCGGCGUUUUUGUUAUCCUGGGAUCCACGUACACGGGAGGCUUUGAAAGUGUUGAGAAAGUCAACGAUAUCCUGCAGGAAUACGAGGACGAGACCAGCCACUUCAUCCCUAUCCAUGUAGACGCUGCGUCCGCCGGGUUCCUUGCGUCGUUCGUGUACCCAGACCUUGUGUGGGACUUCCGAAUUCCCCGCGUGGUGUCGAUCAAUACUUCUGGCCACAAGUUUGGUCUUGCUACCGCCGGACUCGGUUGGGUCGUUUUCCGUAGCAGGGACUGGCUGCCAGAAGAGCUCAAGUUCCAACUACAGUAUCUCGGUGGUCUCGAGGAGUCCUUCACCAUCAACUUCUCCAGACCAGGCUAUCAGGUCAUUCAUCAGUACUUCAAUUUCCUUCACCUGGGCCAAAAAGGAUACUAUGAGAUUUUCGACAACUGCCUAACAAACGCGCGUAUCUUGUCAAGAUUCCUCGAGGAAACUGGAAUUUUUGUCUGCAUCUCGAAUCUGCACCUGCCUAACGGUCACACAGCGCGCGGAGCACCCCAGGAGGCCCCAAGUCCCGUCAGCCACCAUGCCUAUCUAUCGGACCACAAAUACUAUAACCCUGCACUGCCCGUUGUUUCGUUCCAGCUUUCAGAGGAGUUCACCAAAGAGUACCCAGAAAUUCCACAAUCUCUGGUGUCUUCUUUGCUGAGAAACCGCAAAUGGAUCAUUCCAAACUAUGGUCUUCCAAAGACGUCCAAGCCAGACGAGGACAAGAACAACGAGAUUCUCAGAGUCGUGGCCAAGUACAACUUGACGUCCCAGCUGUUGGACAAGCUGAUGCACGACAUCGUCGAGGUUAUGGAGGUGCUCAUGAAGUCCGUCACACUGGUCAGGAAGAAUGUCGAGAAGCUGAAAACCGGAUCAGAAGAAACAAAUAACGACAUGGUGUACAACAUGCUUCUCUCUAUUGCUAAUGAUGGCAACGAGAAGCUGAUUAAAUUGAAGAACACACCGCCAGAGUCUAAACACAACUCGUUCAGAGGACCCUGCUAG